CUUCGUUCCCAGGGUUCCGUGAGAGCUGCUGGCCCCACCCCACCUCUCCAGCGCUAUCUCUCUCAAUGUGCAAUUCUCAAAGAAAAAGCGAAAAAAAUCCACAAAAAUAGGAGAAAGAAACGACAGUGUUCACAUCUGUUCAAGGGUAGAUCAGGCCUUUUCAGGGUGAAACAACUGUCAUCGUUGGAUGAGGGAUUGUAACCUGCGGUAUGUUCCUAUAUCUACACAUGUAACCAUAUCUAGCCUGCCAUACGAAUUCAAAAGGAAUACACAACGCUGAGAGACUUGACAGUAGGCUGUACCUGCGCGAACCGCCAACAUUACGGAGGAUUUCCAUGACUAUGAGUGACCGGGGGAUAUAACAUUAUAUUCAAGGACAACCAAAACACAAGCUUUGUUCUUUCCGAGAAGCCUUCGGAUCUGAGGAGUACCAAUACAAAAAUACAACGACAACCAAAAAAGAAAAAGACGGAGUAGGGCCUUUUUGGGUCUGGUCAAACCUCAACAGCAGCACCGGAGGGAACACAUUGAUAGCAGGGCACUAAAAAAGUGAUUAUUUGGUAAAGGUGACUCCGGAAUGGCUACGAUGUGACAGGUCCAAAGACGUCGUGGGUAUAGAAAGAAGAUCAGAAUUGCCUGAUGCAUCGCAUGCCGACAUUUUAGUCGGGAUACAUAUUUUUUAAUUUCACCAACCCUCCCAUGUGUUUGGCUUGUCUUGCUCAGUCGCAACGGAACAUUUGGAAAGGUUGAACAUUGGGAUCGACGCGAGAGGGACUGGAACUGAACGGCGGUGCGAGUUGAGCCGAAGAUGGGCUCCCUAGGAGACGUUUGCUAAAAAAAAUGUCAGUGUUGAAUCUCAGCCUCGCAGAAACACGUCGUGGGAACCCCGACGCCAAACCCUUCGUGUACAUCGCCCCGCGGAGCUUUUUCCACCUUCGUAUUCACGUGGUUCAUCUGGAUGACUUCAUUGCGGAAUUACAGUGAAAACGAGAGGAAUCAAACGUGCGCGAGGGCGGGUGUCGUCAUUGGCGCCAGUGCUCGGCUCGCGCGGAGGCUAGCUGGAGAUACAUUAGCGCUCAUUGAAUCGGUAGUCUCCACAACCGGGGGACUCCCUCUCAUCCACUACUAGGCCCACACACAGGUUACACUGGUUUAGUUGGCAUCUGGCGAAAUAAAUGUCACCCCUGUUGAGACAGGUGUUCCUCUCUCCGGCCGAUUUAGGAAUCUAGAGUUGUUGAUAGAGUCCAUUAAACCUCUAUUGGUGUAUUUUUUGGGGGGGUUUGGGAAGAUGGGGUGUCUCGGCAAUAGCAAGACCGAAGACCAACGAAAUGAGGAGAAGGCACAGAGGGAAGCCAACAAAAAGAUAGAGAAACAGCUACAAAAAGACAAGCAGAUAUACCGAGCAACUCACCGGCUGCUACUGUUAGGGGCUGGCGAAUCUGGGAAGAGCACGAUAGUCAAACAGAUGCGAAUAUUGCACGUAAACGGCUUCAAUGCAGAAGAGAAAAAACAGAAAAUUAAUGACAUUAAAAACAACAUCAAAGAAGCUAUUGAGACAAUCGUGGCUGCCAUGAGCACACUAAUGCCGCCAUGCCAGUUAGCAUGUCCAGCAAACCAGUCCAGGAUAAAAUACCUCACAAAUUUAAUGAACAGGAAGGACUACGAAUUUCCCUCGGUCCCACAAAGCCGUCAGGUUACCAAGGAGUUCUACGAACACACCCGGAUCCUCUGGGAGGACCACGGGGUCCGUGCCUGCUGGGAGAGAUCCAACGAGUACCAGCUCAUCGACUGUGCACAGUACUUCUUAGACCGAAUCGAUAUCGUCCGGCAAAGUGAUUAUACACCAAGUGAUCAGGACUUACUGAGAUGCAGAGUGCUGACGUCUGGGAUCUUCGAGACAACCUUCCAAAUAGACAAAGUCAACUUCCACAUGUUUGACGUGGGAGGACAGAGGGAUGAGCGCCGAAAAUGGAUCCAGUGUUUUAACGAUGUGACGGCCAUUAUCUUUGUGGUGGCCAGUAGCAGUUACAACAUGGUGAUCAGAGAAGACAAUCAUACAAACAGGCUGCAAGAGGCCCUCAAUCUCUUCAAGAACAUCUGGAACAAUAGGUGGCUACGGACCAUUUCAGUUAUCCUCUUCUUGAACAAACAGGAUCUGCUAGCAGAGAAGGUUCUAGCAGGGAAAUCAAAAAUCGAAGAUUAUUUCUUUGAGUUUGAACGCUACACUACACCGGAUGAUGCAAUUCCAGAACAAGGAGAGGAUCCUCGCGUAACAAGAGCAAAGUACUUCAUCCGGGACGAAUUUCUGAGGAUCAGCACGGCGAGCGGGGACGGCCGCCACUACUGCUACCCCCACUUCACGUGCGCCGUGGACACGGAGAACAUCCGCCGCGUCUUCAGCGACUGCCGGGACAUCAUCCAGCGCAUGCACCUGCGGCAGUACGAGCUCUUGUGAUCGGACCGCCGGGACGAUAACAAAAAGACACCGCCACCACCCGCCCCCCGCCUCCCCAUCCUGCCCCUCCCCCUAACGACCGUUCCACCGACCUAUAAAGCCACCCACCUAACUGACCAAACGACCUGUCCACAUGUCCCAGGGCGGCCAGACCACGUGCAACCACAGCCGUGCAGGACAUUACUUUGAAGACGCGCUCGUCCGCGGGCCACUGCGACACGAGGCCAGACUGCUUGACUCUGCCGAGACACCCCCUCCCAACCCCCAGCCCCCCCCAGAACCUUGCCCUGACCUCCUGGAAGAAAGAGACUGGAAUAUUGUUUUCCAAUGGACAGGCGAUGGAUCAUUUUAGCUCUCUGACUCUGUCAUACACAGAUGAAUAAACACACACAAUCACACACACACACACACACACACACACACACACACACACACACACACACACACACUUUCAUCUGAGUUCAAACGUAACCGGAGAUCAAGGUUUCAUUGUAUCACUUCAUAGACGACACACAAAAGUAAAACACACAAACACACACAUAGGUAGAAUCAAGACGUACUCUUUUCAUUGAUGCAUCAUGCGAGCUAACUCUGGACUCUUUUUUUGUGAGUUCAUUUUGUGGGGGACGUCACACAUGACGAAGAGGUCCCUUUCACCCAUUGGAAUGGCUGGGGGGGGCAAAGGACACCAUAUUCAGAUGGCGAAGUGGGGGUAAGGCAGACUCUAGAGGAGGGGGAGCAGGGUUGUGAGACGGUUCUGGUCUUGGUUCAAGAAGUGGACCAGCUGACCAACGAGUGCAAGACCAGCUCUUUGGGGGGCAAAAGUCAACGAGAAAACAAAACAAAAACAUACAAUACAUAACUCCAUGCAUACCAGUGAACUUCAUGCAGUGCAAAAAAGAUCCAAGCUAUAUACAUAUAUAUAUAUAUUUAUAUGUCUGUAUAUAAAUAUGUAUAUAUAAAUAUGAUAUAUUCCUGUAAUAACACAAUUCAACAUUUGUUUAACAGUUUUGUUCCCCCCCCCCCCAUGUUGUGUGUUGGUGUACACAGUGUGUGCGAUCUGCCCUUGCACACCAUUUAAGCUUAACGACCCCCCCACACACACAAACAACAACGCACACACUCAUUCCCACAAACACACACACAGCCUUGACUCCGCCGUGUCCUCUUCCUUCCCUGCCGCUAUUAAACAAACUUGAAAUAAUUAAUCCAUUCAUUUUAUCUUCUUUCUUUUUUUUACCAAAACAUGAUUAGAACACUGUUGUUCAUGGAGUCACUCGUUGCCAUAGUACUACUUUGCUGUAAAUCACUGUGUAGCCAAGAGAAGGAUGGUGUCUUCUUAGCCAUCUGGAAUAAAGGCCAACCAGAGGAAGACAUUCAAUCCUCAGAAAACCAUCCAAGAGGAAAACUCUUCCUGAGAUAUGUGUAUAUAUGAAGUUCUAGCCUCCGCAAAUUGAUUGAUCCAAAUAUUUAUCGAGUUUUUGAAACAACCAUAUGGUUUGACGAACGACUGGUUCACAAACUGUCCAAACAACUUCCAAAAUGAUUGUGAUUUUGGUUGACCCCCCACAACACCCGACUCUUCAUUAAUGACGAUCAAGGGUGAAAAAAGAAACAUCGGUUGAGGCAUGAUGUAAAAAGAUGGGACAUACACACACACACACACACACACACACACACACACACACACACACACACACACACACACACUCGCUCACCUCACAUGCUUUGGCCACCUGCACACUUGCCCCCCUUGUCUUGCUCCUCACCCUUCCUGAUCCCAUCCCAGUCCGGGCUUUAAACAUGUUUGUCUUUUUAUUUUACUGCUGGACUUAUUAUUCUUGUACAGACUGUAAAAUGUAUUAUUUUGUACAACUUUAUUGAAGAAAAAAAAUAACGUGUAGAAGAUCCCUGUGCCUUGAUCACGAGUGUAUGUGUAAAAAAUGAAAAAAUGAAGAAAAAAAAAUGACGACAACAAA